AUGAUCUUGCUGGAGAUCAAUAAUAGAAUUAUAGAAGAAACUCUUACAGUUAAAUAUAAAAAUGCACUGGCGCGCUUAAAACCUGAGUCCAUAGAUGUGACUCUUGCAGACUUUGAUGGAGUGCUGUUUCAUAUAUCUAAUGUCAAUGGGGAUAAAACCAAAGUUAGGGUUAGUAUAUCAUUGAAGUUCUAUAAACAGUUGGAGGAACAUGGGGCAGAUGAACUCCUCAAAAGGGUCUAUGGACCACUGCUUACAGAACCAGAGUCAGGUUACAAUGUAUCGGUGCUGUUGGAUAUGGAGAACAUUCCUGACGACUGGGAGCUGAUGGUGAAGAAGGUUGGUCUGUUGAAGAGGAACUGCUUUGCAUCAGUGUUUGAGAGAUACUUCAGAUUACAGGAGGAUGGAGAUGUGGGUCACAAGAGAGCGGUCAUUAACUAUCGACAGGAUGAAACACUAUAUGUGGAAGCUCAAGAGGAUCGCGUGACUGUUGUAUUUUCGACUGUGUUUCGUCACGAGGAUGAUAUUGUCAUCGGGAAGGUCUUCAUGCAGGAGCUUAAAGAAGGAAGGAGAGCUUCUCACACCGCGCCACAGGUUCUAUUUUCACACAAAGAACCACCAUUAGAACUGUUGGAUACCGACGCUAAAGUAGGUGAAAAUAUAAGUUACGUAACUUUUGUGUUGUUCCCUAGACACACGUGUGCGGCGGCGCGUGACAACACCAUCGACCUGCUGCAUAUGUUCCGCGAUUACCUUCACUACCACAUCAAGUGUUCCAAGGUGUACGUUCAUUCCCGUAUGCGCGCCAAGGCCGGUGAUCUAUUGAAGGUGUUGAACCGCGCGCGGCCGCAGUCCACCGGCCGUCCGACGGAGCGCAAGACCAUCAGGUUAGUACUAUUAAAAUAA